AUGGGAAUCCAUCCACCCUCUGCCAAGGAUGCCUUCGACGCGGACAUCCGCGAUCGCCACUUGAUGUAUGACUAUGAAGCUCAAGACAGCGAAGGACGACCAGAGAAAUGGCGAUAUGAGAUGUGGUUCCAGAAUGAAGACCGCAUCAACUACGCGAUUCACGGCGGUCCUAUGGCGGGCCGCAUCAACUAUCAAACCGCCGACUAUCAGUGCAUUCGUCCUGGCGAGCUGUGGCAAUGCAACUGGCUGGAGGAGACGGGUACCGUCUGCUCGCUGGUCUUCGACAUCCCACGAAAGCACAUCACCUCGUUGAUUGCCUUUUCCAAGGGCCAUUGGGAAAAGGCAGGAGAUGCGCAUGGUGAUAAGAGAAACCAAGCAGACUUUGACCGAUGGCGUGGUCUUGCCAAGUUGGGGACUCAGGCCGAUCGAGUGAUGCUGAGCGAGCAAGCCGAUCUCGUGAAGGACUUCCGUGGGCCGGGCGACCUGAAACCCAUCGACAACAGUAUGCCUACCCUUUGA